AUGAUGAACAUCGAUCCAAUGCUCAUCGUCCGCGCCCUUCAAGGGAUAUUAGCCCUCGUCGCCAUGGCCACGGGAGCAACCGUUGCGAACAUCCUGAAUACUCACAAUCCUUCAAUCGCCGUCCCAAACAGUGUCAUCUUCUACAUCUUCACGGCGGUUUUCACCUUGCUCGUCACCGUGCCGUACACCAUCGUGGCGCCUCGCUAUUUCCAGGUCUUGGCUCAUCCAUUCGCAAUGCUUGCCGCCGAAGCAACAACCUCAAUAUUCUGGCUGGUCAGCUUUGCCGCCUUUGCAGAUUUCUUGAGACGGUCUCGUGUCUGUGAAGUGGGAGCUUGUGCAUCCGCAAGAGGAAGUGUGGUGGUUGGCGUCCUUGAGUUCAUUCUAUUCGGCGUUACAACCUUCUUUGCCUUUUCCCAUGUUUUCCUCGGGGGCAGGUUCAGUGGAGGCAAGGCCGUGGAUAAACAACAACAAUCUCACAAGUCGUGGUCGGGCGCCGAAUCAGUGUGAGGUCUGAUAGCUGGAUCAGGAGCAUACCUCGGUGCUGGUGGUUUGAGACAACUGCUGUGUCAAGCGAAGGCAUAGAUACCAUGA